UUAUAGUUGAUUUUAUUGCUACAAGAGGACGCUCGCAUUAGUGGCGAACGGAACACCGGAAGUAACGAAAAGGCUUACUACACUUUUGUAGAUUCAAGUUCCUUUUGGACCAAGACAACAUGGGUAUUUCUCGUGACCAUUGGCAUAAAAGGCGAGCAACUGGUGGCAAAAGGAAGCCCAUCCGUAAAAAGAGAAAGUUCGAAUUAGGACGGCCAGCUGCAAACACCAAGCUUGGAACUCAGCGUAUUCAUACGGUACGUACGCGAGGAGGUAAUAAGAAGUACAGAGCACUUCGUUUAGACACAGGAAAUUUUUCAUGGGGUUCGGAAUGUACUACAAGAAAAACACGUAUUAUCGACGUGGUUUACAAUGCGUCGAAUAACGAAUUGGUAAGAACAAAGACUCUAGUGAAGAAUGCAAUCGUCACUAUCGAUGCAACACCUUUCAGACAGUGGUACGAAAGUCACUAUGUUUUACCAUUGGGCAGAAAACGAGGUGCUAAAUUGACAGAAGCAGAGGAAGAAGUUUUGAAUAAGAAACGUUCGAAGAAAGCGGAAGCCAAGUAUAAAGUAAGGCAACGUUUCGCCAAAGUAGAACCUCCUCUGGAAGAACAAUUUGCUACGGGACGUGUACUUGCUUGUAUAGCAAGUAGACCAGGACAAUGUGGUCGUGCAGAUGGUUACAUACUCGAGGGAAAGGAACUUGAAUUUUAUAUGAGAAAGAUUAAAAGCAAAAAAGCUAAAUAAACAUGUAACUACAACAAGAAAAUAAAAAAAACAUCUGUAUAAAGCAGAAA